AUGGGUGGUUUAACAAACUUAUGGGAUGGUCUUCGAACUGGUCUUGAAGUUCUAUCAAAAGAACAACGUUCUAUUGGAAGUAUUUCAGCUUUGUUUCUCUUGACUGAUGGUUGUCCGAACAUAGAACCACGAGGCGGUCAUUUGAAAUCACUAAGAAAACUUAAGACAGAAAUUAAAUUUACAUGUACUGUCAAUACUUUUGGUUUUGGAUACAACUUGGAUAGCAAACUUCUCGAAGAUAUUUCUAUAUUGGGAAAUUGUGGCUCAUAUGCAUUUAUUCCUGAUGGAUCAUUUGUCGGAACAAUAUUUGUCAAUGCUAUUUCGACACUGUUAACAACAGCAGCAAACAAUGUACAGUUAUUCGUUCAUAAUCAACAUCUCCAAUCUACGAUUUACACACGUUGGUAUUCAAUGAAUAGCAGUAUUCAAGGCACUUGCUUUCAUUUGGGCUCAAUCACAUACGGUCAAACUAAAGAUUUAUUGAUUCCAAUUUCUUUUAGAAUUAUCCGUAAAUAUCAAUUCACGCUGACUUAUACCAAUGUAAAAAACAUACAAAAAUCUGUCACAUUCGAUUUGACAAAUAAUAUUCAACAAGCUGAUCUUGAUGUCAUAAUUCGACAUAAACUUCGACUAGAAUUUGUUCAUCAUGUACGAAUAGCAUUAGAAAAAAUGUGUGAAACAAAAAUAAGAUUAAGAAAUAAAAAUGAACAACAUAAAGCAGCAAUGAAUCAAAUUCAAACAUUAGAGAAGAAUAUGAAAAAAUAUGCAGAUGGAAAAGAUGAGUUUAUCAAAGAUUUAUUGAAAGAUUUAACAGGACAAGUACAACAAGCUAUCGAAAAAGAAGAAUGGUUCCAUAAAUGGGGCAAACAUUUUUUACCUAGUUUAACACGUGCUCAUCUUCUUCAAUUCUGUAAUAAUUUCAAAGAUCCAGGUGUUCAACACUAUGGAAAGGGUACACUUUUCACACAAGUACGUGAUGAAAUGGAUGAAAUAUUUUGCAGUUUACCUGCUCCAAAACGUUCACAAACUGGUGCUACGAUAAAUAUGGCAGUUUUUCAUGAUGCUGAUGGUGGAUGUUUUUAUGAGCACUGUACAGUACGUCUAAUGAAUGGAACCACUAAAUUAGUAAAAGAUGUCAAACCAGGUGAUCAAAUGGCACCACAUGGUGGAAUGGUUAUAUUUGUAGUUAAAACAAUGUGUCAAAAUCAAAAAGCAAAAAUGGUUAUAGUUGAAAAUGACUUGAUCAUUACUGCUUGGCAUCCAAUUCGACAUCUUGGACAAUGGAUUAUGCCUUGUUCACUUGUUUCAUCACCAAAUGAAAUUUCUUGUGAAGCUGUAUAUAAUUUUGUACUAGAUCAAGGUCAUACAGUGUUAGUCAAUAAUGUUGAAUGUGUAACUUUAGGUCAUGGAUUAAAAGAAGAUGUUGUUCGUCAUAGUUACUAUGGAAGUGAAAAAGUAAUUAAUGAUUUACAAAGACUUGAUUUGGAACAAAACAAUGGAGGAUUCAUUGAAAUUAAUGGAAAAAUGUUGGUGCGCAAUAGAAAAACUGGUCUAGUAACUGGAUUGCAAUCACAGAAAAUCAUGAUCCAAUAA